UCCGGCGGCUCUGUGAGCAGCGGGGUGAACCUGCCGUUGUAACGAUGGGACGGUGACAGAGAUCUGACAGCUCGCUCAGGAAUUUCACUCCAACAGCUGCAUAACAACCCGAAAUGCUAGCAUGCGACCCACUGGCUUCAACAAUGUGACAAGAUGAAUUGUUUGGAUUAGGUCUGUCAUUUUUUUUUUUUUUUUUUACAUUUAUUUAUUUCGGACUUUAGUGUUUUUUGGUUUUUGUUUUUUUUAAUCUAGUCCUAUGUUACCGAUGGAACAGGGGGCAAAUCGUUGACCCUGCAGUGUCCUUUGGAUGUCGCCGAUGUAGUCUUAAACUCUGCCGGGGAUGGCUCUCCUCUCUCGGCGGGACGGCUACCGCAGCCGCCGCUGUGGAGAAGAAUAACGGGAGGGGGGAUAACGGAAUUACCUCUCUGACCGAAGAACUGUGCGAGUCAACGCCUCGCUCCUGUACACUCCAGGAAUUUUACACCGCUGAAGACACUGGAUAUAUUACACUCUGUUGUUUUAUAGGUAGACCUCGUUUUGCAUGCUGUUUUUUUUUCUUCUUCUUUUUAAUCGGCUAUAAAUAGACAAAACUCAUGCAUUCACACUGCACGAACCCUUAAUCCGACAUACAGCUGUCUUAACUCGUUAAGUCACAUUUUCAUGCGGAAUUGGGACUCUAAAUUAAGAAUAUGUGGACUGUAGCCUAUAUAUGCUUCAGACAGUCACUUCAUUUUAAGAACUGAUCCACGACAGCGGUCUUUGAUCAUGAUUCAUGUCACCGGCUUGGACGUCGUCGUCUCCCUGCGGAUUAUCUUCUGAUGAAUUAUACAAACGGAAAUCUGACUCCAAGAUGUAACAUUAGUAGUUCUUUUAAUAAUUUAGGUCAGAAUUGCCACCAGCCUCUCAAUGAUCUUGUCAAAUCUAUCUCUAGAUCCCCUUUCCGUGCAGUUGUUUUGUAUCUUGACAGUAUGCGGCCAUCAGUGCACGCAUCAGAAAAAGUUGCGAUGCCCAACUUCUGCAAGUGAAGUCGCAUUUUCGCACCGGAAAGCAUGCGCUCUGCGGCUGUGAAGCUUCUCUAUUGGCUCGCCUUCCUCUCCUGUGACAGUAUCGGAUCAACGCAUGGCAAUUUUGGUCACUCUUGAUAUAUAAAGGCGUUUUGGUUUUGUAGAUCUUUUUUCUUUUUUUUUUCUUUUUUUUUGGAGGGUUGGGGAGGGAGAAAGGAGCGUGUAGGUCCAAACUUAUGGUGAUUCUUCCUGCUGUUUCCAUGCGUCUUUCUUCUUCUCCCCCACCUCCUUCUCCAGAGCUUUGGGCGCUUUUGUGGACUGUGUUACAAUUCAGUGCAAUGGGCUGCAUCCAGAGCCUCAAGUGUAAGCCCAAGAGUUUCCGAGACAGCGUUAUCGUCCUGGAGCUGAACACGUCCAUCGACUCCAACCCCACCAGCAUCGACGAGGCGUCCAGCGUGGUUCUGCGCUACCGGACGCCGCACUUCCGAGCUCAUGCGCGUCUCCUGGUGCCGCCUGUAGCGGCCAAAGAGACGUGGACCAUCGGGUGGAUCCAGGCGUGUAACCAGAUGAUGUUCUACAAUACCUACCGGGACAAAGGGAUGUCAAGUUGGGAGCUUCCAGACCUGCGUGAUGGCAAGAUCCAAGCAAUCAGCGAUUCAGACGGCGUCAACUACCCGUGGUAUGGCAACACCACAGAGACCUGCACUGUGGUAGGGCCCACCAAGAAGGACAGCAAGUUCGCAGUCAGCAUGAAUGACAAUUUUUACCCCAGUGUUACCUGGGGAGUACCGGUCAGUGACAGCAAUGUGCCUCUGCUCAGCAGCAUCCAACGCGACCAGAGCUUUACCACGUGGCUGGUUGCCAUCAACCAAGCCACCUCAGAGACAGUCGUUCUCCGGACAAUCCGCUGGAGAAUGAGGCUUCAUAUUCAGGUGGACCCAGAGAAGCCUCUGGGUCAAAGGGCUGUUUUAAAGGAGCCUGUGGCCCAGGAACAGCCUCAGAUACUGGGCAAGAAUGAACCCAUCCCCCCCAACGCCAUGGUGAAGCCCAACGCCAAUGACGCCCAGGUGCUUAUGUGGCGGCCAAAGAAAGGUGAUCCCAUGAUGGUCAUCCCACCUAAAUACUGAUCUGCUCCUCUGACCAGACUGGCCUUUGAUACCUGCUCUACUUCAUCCCUUAACUAUAUGUUUUGUUUACGUUUCGCUCUCCGUUUUCACCAACCUCUCAGUGCUUUAAUCCGUUUUUAAUUGUUUUUUUUCUCCCCAAUUCUUUACCUCUAUAGUCCCCCACGUUAGAGAAAUAAACACUGACAAACAAAAGAAAGAGGUUAAAAAAACCACAGCAGACAAAAGGAGCAGAUGAUCCUUUUGAGGAAGGAAUUUACUGCAAUUCACUGCAACCAUUCUACCUUCAAACAUAAGUCGGGUCUCACUGUGCUGAAAUGCAAAAAAUGAACAGAAGCAGUGUUUCAUUUUUAGUUUUACACUCUGGCCAACUGAGCCAGCUGAUUAGACCGUGGGUAAGGAUAAGCAAGAUAUGAUCGCGUGUGCAGACAUGCUGCACAAGCCGUGUACGAAUACAAGUCGUACUUUUUUUUUACUAUUGUUAUUGUUAUAGGCUGGAAGAGGGUGCAUUCACUUGUGUUUUAUGUUGUUUGGUUAUUUACAUGACGAAAUGCAAUGAGUGACUUAGAUUUUAGUCAUUUUUAAGGAAUUCUAGAUCUUCGAUCCAUGCUGCCUUAAGUUUACAUCGCUUUCCACUGCAAAUGCUUUCGCCUUAAACUGAAGUGCAAUGCAGUUAUUUAGUCGGCGGUCCCAAUUCUUCCAGGUGCUCGGUGCUGGGAUGUGUGGGUUUAGGACUGGAACCAGAGCACAAAAGAAAAUUUUUAGAUAGAAUCUUUGACGUGUAGAGGAAUCCAGUGUCUAGCACCCGGCGUUAUGAGUGGAAAACAGUUACACAAUCAAACUAACUCAGUGUGUUGGGUUUCAAGUGCAUUAUGCAACAAACGAGAUGCUCUGUGAAGCCAUCAGUUGUACUUAGCACAGUAAACUAAGAACAUCUGGAGAAAAAUCUAGUGAAAGCACAGUUGACCUCAUUUUUGUCACUUUAUUCUGCCGAUAGGCUGUUGUAGAAUUGACUGCAUCAAUCCAUCUCAGGGCCUUUGUUUUACUUCCUCCUUGUCUGUUUUCAUCUAGCUUUGUCUUCCAUGCUUCUUCCUACCUCUGUAGCCUACACAGGACAUAGAGCAGUUUUGUUUUUAUCUAUGUGUAACUAAAAACAAGAAUCUGUCUUUGAAGGAACUCCUCAUGUACAACAGUAUCCUCCACCCACCCUUUCUCACAUUUUUUUUUUUCUCUCCGCUGUCGGGGCUGACUAGUAGAACAGGAAGCGGGCGAAUUUAAGGCCGACUGCUCGGCUGGCAUAUAGAUGACCCACUUCUCUUCUCUGCCUGUAGUAGCUCUCGCUGCAUGCCGGGCCUGUCUCCCUUCAUUUUACCGCCAGCGAGAGUUAACGCAGGCACACAUGCAUGAAUAAAGAGCUCCGGUCAGCUAAACAUCAGUGCUCAACAACCCAAUGCUCAUUUAUCUAGAAAACUUUGAGAGGAAACCAAAAUUAGAGCUGAAUUUGACUUCAGAAAUUUUCUUCCUCCAGAGACAGACAUUUUUUUUUUCUUCAUUUUUCAAUUUUUAUACCACCAGACAAAUUGAAUACACAUAAGACUCACCAGUUUAUAUAUUUAACUUCUUAUUUAAAUGCAAACCUUUCUGAAAAUUGAAUGAGAAGUGCAGCAUUUGUCUCAUAUCAGUAUUCUAGAUCUGAAGCGGCAUCCAGGAAUUGCCCAAAAACAAUAAUAAAACUGCGACUGCCACUGCCUUUUGAAGCUUAACAGUUAAGCCAUUUUAUCUCAUUUGCAUAACAUGCAAAAAUAGAAGCAUAGCUUCUUUUAUCUUAAGGCUGGACUAAAGCUAGUAUAUCCUGACGACAGCUGGGAGAGGCUUCACCCACCCACCCCGUGACCCAAAACAGGAUAAAGUGGAUAUAAAAAAAUAAAAAGUAUUUAUUAUUUUUUUUUUUUUUAGAUGAAUGAACAUUUCUGAAAACCAAUUGAAAUUGUUCUCCUGACUACAGAAGUGGGUUAACACUGUUGGAGAAUAAUCUCCGAAGGCCCUGCAGCAAAUGCGCUAGAAGUCAAACAACAUGACAAAAUUUACAGAUCAAAUCCAUCUGUGGAUUUAAAGUCAAGGAAAGGCAAAGUUCAGAAUUUUUAAAUUGAGGUUUUGUAAUGUCUUCCCUGCAGUAGAUAACACUCUUGCUGUUUUGGUUCAGUAUAAAUCCAGAUGAGUUUUUCUCUAAGGCUAACGCCAAGAGGGACAAAGGUUCGAGACAACAGCAGACGUGUACCAUCUUAAAACAACUCCUAUCUCAAAAACGCCGUAGAGGUUUAUUCAAAUGGAGUUUUUAUAAACCAUUAAGCUAGCAUGUUUACAUCAAGCCUUUAUUUAAAAAAACAAGCUGAUGAUUAUUUACUCAGAAAAUGUACAUAGGUGUUGCACUACCAGUGGUCUUCCUGUACUCUGAAUGGAGAAUGCAGAAGUAUUUGAAGUCAAAGUUUCUCUCAAGUAAAUAUUAUAGCAGCUUGAAUGAACGCUUUUUUAUUUUUUGCACUGCCUUACUUUUCUUCUUGGUGGUUAUUCUGACGGGAAGGGCUUUACUUCUUUCUUAGCAUGUGUUUCACAAAGGAAACUAAUUGGUGGUGCACUGCAUCCUACCUCCAUUUUCUGUGUAGAUAUUCAUUAUUUUUUUAUUUUGUUUUAAGUAACCACAUUGUGUAAAUGUGACAAUGACUUGAAGGUUUGUGAAAUACUGUUGACGUACAGUAAAUCACUAUGACUAUUUAAUGAUUAGAGCUGUUUUAAAACUAUAAAAGUCUGCUUUAGUUUUGGCCUGUCUUGAACUGUCCAUUUGAUUUAUCCUUCGGGACAGAUUAAUGCGGAUUUCAAGUAAACGAAGACACCAAGACAGUUAUCUGCUGUGGAUGAGACGUUGUCCGCUGAUAACUUUUUAACCAGACUUGACUUCUAAAGAUCAUGAACUAUCCCUUAAAUACUUUCUAAUUUCAAGCAUGGCUGACAUCCAUGCUUGGCAUGAGACGGCCACAGUCCCAGGCUGAGUCACGGGUGAAAGAAAAGGGAGGCUCAGGCUUCCGCGGGACGGCUGUCACAUUUAGAUAUGCAGUGACACACUUUCUGAAGCCCUCUUUGGGCCCAACAGAGCUGAGCUGGACUAGCUCGAGUCACGGCUCAGGCUUAAGGAGGCCAAAUAAUAACAGUAAAGGGCUGUCACAGUGAGAGGACUGAAUGUAAAGGUGAAGACAAACUCAAUCCUCUCAUAAAAACGACGUAUUUUUGGAAGCAACCUGGAUGCGAGCCAAACAUUAUGAAAAGAUUAUUAUUCUUUUUUUUUCUAAUUUUAUCCCAUCACCCCGCUGCAUGAGGACUCUAUUUCACAGACUUUGUUCCAAGAUCCCAGCCGGACAAUACGUAGCGUAAAUACUCCACUUGUCUGCUGCCAUUUUCUCUCCUCCACAUACAAACACACGCCCGCACACCUACACACACACACACACACGCACACACGCCCACACACGCACACACGCAC